AUGCUUCAGUUCAAUGUUCCAUUGCUUCAAAGUCUUCUUAAUCAACAUUCUCGAACAUCAGCACCUGGAUAUACUGUUCAUGAGAAAUCUCAAUUGUUUAUUGCCACUAUAAUUGAAGAUCAAGGUGUUGCUAGUGAAGUUGAAAUUUGCUUUAUUGAUAUAAGAACAAGCGAAUGUAUUCUUUCACAGAUUGCUGACUCUCAGACUUAUGUAAAGACAUUGCACAAAAUAAAUAUUUACAAUCUGGCGGAGAUUUUACUUUCUGUGAUCAUAGAUGAACCUUCAAAAUUGAAACUGUGCAAAAUUCUUGAGGAUAAUAUACUAUUCGUGACUAUUGUUUCCAUAGAAAGGAAAUAUUUUAAUAAUGCGACUG